CCUAAAUGAAAGAUUAAUACCCCGAAUGAAUUGCAGAUUUCUGAGAAAGAAAAAAGAAAUUUAUUAAAUACAAUAAAAUGGUUGCAACACAAGAUGUUGAAAUGGAGGUGGUGGAAAAUGUAGAACAAGAUCCAGAAGCAUUAAAGAAGGAUGCAGACUUAAAUGCAAUGCAAGAAAUUCGUGAACACGUAAAACAAAUUGACAAAGCAGUCUCAAGUAAAGAACCUCGAUUUAUUUUACGAGUUUUACGUACAUUACCGAACACUCGUCGAAAGUUGAACGCAAAUGUUUUGAGAACUUUAGCAACUCAACUUUAUCCAAUUGGAUCUGAAAGAGAAGCGAUUGUAGUAUUCUUAGAAGAAUGUCCAGGUGAUCAAGAAGUUGCUCGUCCUCGAACAGCUGUUAAAACGCCAUUACCAGAAGUCGAUGCAUAUUUUCAUCUGUUAGCGCUUGUUCGAUUAUUGGAUGCAAAUUUGCUCGACAAAGCAUCAAAUUGCGCUCAACAACUUAUGAAUAAAAUUAUGACACAGAACCGUCGAUCAUUAGAUUUGAUUGCAGCAAAAAGUUACUUUUACCAUUCUCGUGUCGCUGAGCUUACAAAUAAACUUGACACGAUUCGUGGCUUUCUUCAUGCUCGUUUGAGGACAGCAACACUGCGCAAUGAUUUUGAAGGACAAGCUGUCCUUAUCAAUUGUUUGUUACGGAAUUAUCUUCAUUAUUCACUUUAUGAUCAGGCUGACAAGUUAGUGACCAAAACCGUUUUCCCUGAAUCUGCUAGCAACAAUGAACAUGCUCGUUUCCUGUACUAUUUGGGUCGCAUAAAAGCUGCUAAGUUAGAGUAUACCGUUGCUCAUAAGCAUUUGAUUCAAGCAUUGCGAAAAGCACCUCAACAUGCUGCGAUUGGAUUCCGUCAAACUGUUCAAAAGCUUGUGAUUGUUGUCGAACUGUUGCUUGGAGAUAUUCCCGAACGUCAGACGUUCCGUCAAACUGCUUUGAGACGUUCUCUUGCGCCUUACUUCCAACUCACGCAAGCUGUGCGUUUGGGAAAUCUUCAACGGUUUGGUGAAGUUCUCAAUAAUUUUGGCGAGCAAUUCCGUCAAGAUCACACGUUUACUCUCAUUAUUCGUUUGCGUCAUAAUGUCAUCAAGACAGCGAUUCGUUCAAUUGGUUUGUCAUAUUCACGAAUUUCGCCAGCUGACAUUGCAACAAAACUCGGAAUUCACUCGAAAGAAGAUGCGGAAUUUAUUGUUGCGAAAGCAAUUCGUGAUGGUGUAAUUGAGGCAACUUUAGAUCCUGAAAAGGGUGUGAUGAGAAGCAAGGAAAGCACCGACAUUUAUUCAACACGCGAGCCACAACUUGCUUUUCAUCAACGAAUUGCUUUCUGCUUAAAUCUUCACAAUCAAAGUGUCAAGGCGAUGAGAUAUCCACCGAAAUCUUAUGGAAAAGAAUUAGAAAGUGCCGAAGAGAGAAUUGAACGUGAACAGCAAGACUUGGAAUUAGCAAAGGAAAUGGCCGAGGAAGAUGACGACGGAUUUUAAGCUGUCAGUUCUCAGCUUGAGAUAAGCUUUUAUAUUGAAUCGAGUUUUGUAUUCUUUAAUGAAAACUUGAGAUUUUUUCAAUUUCUCUUUUUUAAAUGAAGAAGAAUAAAUAAAGGAAAUUCACUUAAAUCUUUAUAAA